AUGGAAAUUAAUACAUUUGGCACUCAAUUCGUUACGCUAUUUCCAUGGAGUAACAAAGUAUCGAAUGGUACCUCACUUACCUUUGAAAUUGUUAAUGCAUCAGAAAAUGAGACAGCAACGAUUAUCAUUGAAUAUGACAUUGGCUUAGGACAUUUCAAAAGUAUGGCGGAAUUAUCAAAGGAUGUCAUUCAUGUCGCAUCAAAUUCUUUCAUUACACAUAAAUUUGAUCCAACGACAGUGAUGACACGGCCACUUAAAGAUGACAGAAGUAGUGUCAUCUCAGUUGGCGCAACACGAAUUUUCAUUUCUUCAAAUUUAUCAAUUUCAAUCAUAGAAUGCAUUUUUAUCACUCGCAGAAAUGGUGAUUGCUUCACAGUUUUACCGGUAACCAUGGCCGGAAAUCAUUAUUCAUUUUCAAUUGCAACAUUUAUGGGCAUUUCAACAGCUUAUUUCAUACCGACAUAUACUGAUUCAUACAUAAACAUUACAACGAUUACAAGGGAAUCUUUUAAACGAGUCAAUAGGACCAAUAGGAUUUCACGGUUUGAUCACGGAUCGAUGAUUUAUGCAUACAAUAAUUCAAUCAAUGAUUCCUUUACUGUGCACAUAACGAGUUCAUCACCAAUUGUAAUUCUAUUAGCAAUACGAACACAAUUGACGGAUAUUUCAAGUGAAAGCUUUGCAUGCACAAUGCUUAUGCCAUUGCCCGACAAUGUUUACUCUCGAAUAGCACUUCGAGAUGAUUUCGAUGUUCAUUUCACACCUCUGCAAUCUUUCGAGAAUUGUCAAACUCACCUCUUCCUGUCACCACCAAUGCAAAGUUGUCAAACGUUUACUGUCGCCACAUUUCGACCUAAUAGCACAAAGCUAAUUAAUGUUGAACCUUGCAAUAUCUUCGAUAAUAUCGUGAUGCAAUGGAAUUAUCACUUUAAGGACGCAAUCAUUGGUUAUGCAUCAAACAAUACUCUGUUCCAAUUACUUCGCUUUGAAACUUAUCAAAACCUUUACUCAUUUCUGGAUAUGAUACCUGCUUACUCGCAGUACCUUACCGGACGAAUGUGUUUUCCGUUUAAAAAUGAAAGUGAACAAUUAUUUCUGUACGACAUUUCACGUCAACAGGAUAGCAUAGUAUUAGAUGGUAAAGUAAUUGACGCGGAGUAUGUGCAAUAUUUUGAAAAUUCAUUUCGAUCCAUUACAAUGCGUAAAAUAAAUACAACAAAAUUAGAACGUGGAAUGCACUGCUUGGAAUCAAACGGACGUUAUUUACUUUUUAUAUUUGGUGGAAAUAGGAGAAAUUAUGGUUAUGCAUAUGCUUUUAAUGCAUAUCCGACGGAAACACUAAAAUGGACGAUGAAAAAUGAUGCAAACUUAUAUCACCAAGAUAUCUUCGGCGUAUCGUUUAUAACAUUAUUCCCGUGGAUGAUAGACGAGAAUGCUACUGAUAAUUUCAAUACUGACUUAAGUCUUGAUAUACUUAACCCUCAUCCAUAUAUGUUUGCAAGAGUUCGAAUCAGUUAUUAUAAUGGAUCAAAGGGAAAUUUAACUGAAAUAUUAUAUAACAUUAAACCAUACACACAUCAUAAGUUAAAAAUGAAUAAAAUAAUGAUGACAAAACUUUAUAAUGCAUACAAUGUUAGCAUUUAUAAGAGUUAUUAUGAUUCGCGAAUUACAAUAACAUCUACUAUUCCAAUAUCUGUCACCCAAUCUUGUUUUAUUGGUAAUAGAAUUGGUGACAGUUUUACAGUGUUACCAUUAAAAAUGGCUGGUCAAAACUAUUCCUUUUCAUUACCAAAAUCAGUGGCUAAUAAUAGUCAUUCAAUUGUUUAUCUUUUGCCAUCUUUUCAAACAACAAAAAUAUCAUUUAUAGCAAAAGUGGACGGGGAGGAAAAACUUUAUAAUAUCAAAACUAAGGCUGCAAAAAACUCUUCAAUUUUUGCUUACUAUGGAUCUGCUGAAGAAGUGUCAAUGAAUUUAUGGAGUGAUAAAUCAUUUCAAGUGAUUAUUGCUCUACAACGAUUGCUAAUCAUUCACAAUACUGAACAUCGAUUAGAUUUUGGUUGUACAAUGGCAGUACCUAUGCCAUCACAAAGUGUUUGUUCAAUGGAAAACGAUAUGUCAUUGCAUGAUAUGCAUUAUAUGUUCAUAGCACAACAUUACAACUAUUCGGGUUUUUUCACGAUGACACCGUCAGAUAGCAAAUGUUCAGCGUAUUACGUGGAUUUUUUCCCACGUAAAAAAUCAACGGUGAAAGAAAUUAAGCGAUUGAAAUUUGAACCAGCAACGAUGCAACAUUAUUUUCAGUUAUCAGGGCAAAUAUUCUCUGAUUUUUCAACAAUGUAUUGUAGGUAG